AUGGAGAAAUUAAACACUGGGGAUGGACAGCUUUUCAUAAAGAAUGUCGCUAGCUACGUUCGCACCCACGAGAAGGCGCUCGCCAAUGCAUUGCAGCUUCGCCGCCAACCUGCCAAGAAUGCCAUCCCACAAUCACCGAGUGGUCCCUUGACCCCUGGUAGCUCCUUUGCCUCAACCUCCUCAACCUUAGCCGCGGCUUUUUCAUCUGCAGCAUUGAAGUUCAUGUCGCAGAACUCCAAAACCGCCAAAUUGACAUUGACGCCGCACCACCUAUUCUACCUUCUAUCCCGCUUCGAAGAACUGAGCAUUGCCGUGGGCCCUAUGAACAUCAGAUUGGAAAACAUCCACACCGAGGUCUCGCAGUCCUAUGUUUCAUUCCUGAACAAACCUCAGCAGUCCCGGGGCGACGGGGCCUCGAUCCAUUCGGUUUCCAGUGUUCGUAGUGUCAUGUCCGGUAUGACCGAUCUCUGGUCAUCGUUCCGCAUUGGUUCCAGGGACACCCCCAGUAAAUCGGAAAGGGCCAAGGCCGCCUUGGAAAUGGACCUGAAGUACCUGUACUCUGCCUUCACCAAGAUUCCGUGUCUACGCCUUGCUCCAGACCACCGCGCUCCUUUGAUUUCUGGAUAUGAAGAAUUUCCUUUCGACACGGCUGUGCCGCUGCAUUCCUUCAAGAACUUGAGCGCUUUAGAGAUCAUUGAUUUAGACUACCGUUCUUUCUAUGGCUGGGACAGAUUGUCCGAGCAACUACGCACCCUGACACUGAAGAGAGCCCACCUGGAUGAUCCGGCCGACCUGUUGACGAGGAUCGUGUUGGACGAUAUUGAUAAACGCCGCCGGCGGUCUGCCAAGUCCCAACAAUCGCCUUCACUGGGAUGGAGCAGUUCCAGCGGUCAACCAGUUCAUACUCCCGAUCAGAGCAAUUCUCUUUCCGCGCCGGGGUCUCCAAUCGUGGACACAGCAUUCGGUACCAGCACCAGUCCAAAGUCCGUCCCUAUGAUUCGGGCUGGCUCAGAAGGCGCCAAGAUUCGCACUAGGGCUGGAAGUGUUUCUCCCACUCGACCAGUCACAAAGCACGGCCACCGACGAGGCCAGUCUCGGCAAAUUCGGCGCACCGGCUCCGCAAGUUCGGAAUCAAGUGAGGUUUCUAAUAGCUAUCGCACCGGAAGCUCCACCAAUCUUCUCGCAGACGUCCUCUCCCCUUCGAAAUGGAGAUUCCUGCGACACCUGGGCCUCCCGGAAAAUUCUUUGACAUCUGUUUCUGCUGCUAGUCUGGCUCCUGUGGCCAACAGUCUCAACUCGCUCGAUCUGUCUUCCAACCUUCUGACUGAAAUUCCCGAUGGCCUAGCGUCAUUGGUAGCAUUGAGGGCCCUUAACUUGUCGUAUUGCAUGAUUGAAUCUCUCCACUCACUCACCCGGAAUCCUCUUCCAGCCAUUACCGUUCUCACCCUCCGCGGCAAUCGCAUUCGUUCACUCGCGGGCAUUGAGCGAUUGCUCUCAUUGGAACGAUUGGAUCUUCGGGACAACAACCUGACGGAUCCGACUGAAUUAGCACGGCUGACCAGUCUCCCUGAGAUACGGGAGAUUUGGGUAUCUGGCAAUCCGUUCGUCAAGACCCACUCUGGGUAUCGAGUUGUGAUUAUGAAUCUCUUCCGCCGGACGCCCGGUUACUCCGAGGACAUCAUCAUUGAUGGCAGAGGUCCGGGUUACACUGAAAGGAAGCAGCUGGUUGAACGGAUAGCCGAGCCUCAGGCUGCACCGGUCGUGCGUUGCAGCCCGGCAGAUGACUCAACUGUCGUGCAAAAGGCCACUAUCUCGAAAGUUCCACAUGAUCUCGCAAACUACAAACCCCAGGAAGACGAGGGGGGCCUGCAAAUGAACGGCUCGCAGCCCAAGGAAACCGACGGGGGAACCAAAGGUCGCAAAAAGCUCCAACGGCGCAGGAUAGUCGAUAUCUCGGUGGACAACCCAUUUACCACCGAUGGCCUGGGCAACACAGCGAUUACCGCUCAUCCAGUUCUUCCCGUUCAGCAGAUUCAAGCACCCGUCGACCACCCGCCAGUUAUUCCUCUUGAUCGGCCGUGGCUGUCCGGGCCGCCGAGCAUCCAAAGCCCUACCAAACCUUCACAUUCGCCGAGUCCUCCUCUCCUUCACCCGUCACCGAGCAAGGAUAGGAGUAUGGACGAAGAGUUUUGCCGCCAGCAGCUAGAAGUCCUCCGUCAGGACGUGGGCCAUAAUUGGCUCACCGUUCUCGGAGAGAAUGACUGGGAUAACUCCCACAAAGACUUCGCUCAUAGCUCUGGCGCUGGUUUGGACCAUUCCGCUCAUAUCUCCACGCCAUCACUCACCCGCUCGACCACUCAAGCCAUCUUGAGUGGACAUGCACUCAGUGGAUAA